CUACUCCCUUCGUCUUGUUACAUUGGUAGCAAAGGAAAGUCACUCCACCAUGUCCCAGCCAACGUCCACCAACCCUGUCAUCCUCAUAGCGCUUGAAACGCUUCUCCAAGAUUUCGCACAACUUGACCUCACCCACCCCUCCGGUCUGCAGUUUGCCCAAGGCCGUCUGCGUCCACUCGUUGAAGCCCAAUCCACUGCGCCCGCACUUGCUCGUGUCCACGCACCAUCCCCAGGGCCUUACCGCGGAGAAAGAAAUGCAACCAAGGCGCUCUGCUGGUUAAAAAUGAUCGAGCUUUAUUUCUCCGUCGCUAAGGUCAAACAGACCGAAUGGACCACCAUUGCCGCGCUCCUCUUAUCCGACAAAGCGGCAACAUGGUGGACAUACUGUUCCGUCCAGACCCAAAUUGGGACUGUACUGGGAGUGAACCUUCACAUUUAG